GAGUCGACUUCGUGAGCUAGCCGAUCGGUCGAUCGUGCACCUCUUCCGUCUUUCGUUCCUCAGAGAUGAGUUCACAAGGUUGAACUCAGAUUUUUAACUUAAAAGACUGCCUUCUACUAAAAGUCACUUUAUCAUCACGCAGAUUUUACUCCAAGCUAAUUAAAAAAAUCAUAAUGCUCUCAACUUCAGUACUUCCUGAUAGCUCUCACUUAAGAUCGUCACCGGCAGAAGCGCCACACAGCAACGCAGAGUCACCCCACGGCAGUUGGAAAUGCUCGGCUUGUACCAUGACAAACAGCGAAGAAUACGUCAACUGCACGGCGUGCAUGACAAAGAGACCCGGGAAGAAAAUCGACCUCAAAGAAGAACAGAAGAAGGCGAAACAAGUGGCGAUUGUAAACCCUUCGUUUUCGGUUCGUUUCAAGGCGCUCUUUUCGAAAACUCCGCCGCAGUGGAAGUGCCCUGCAUGCACCUUUAUAAAUAGAGGGAUAAACAGCCAGUGUCAGUCUUGCUGGUAUCUCAGAGUCCAGGACGACCACUACAACCACGAAGUUGCCAGUGAAGGUAAAGUCGACGAAAAGCCAAGAGUUUCAUCUGAAGAACAAUCAUCAUCUACUUCAACGUCGGUGUUUGGCAGUAUCAGGGCACUUUUUCGGAGGUCGUCUCUAAAUGGUGGUCACUCUAAAGGUGCCAUUGGUAUUGAAACAGACAAGGAAGUGAAGGAGGAAGGAGAGGGUAUAGAGGAGAGAGAUGGGGAAGAGGAAAUGACCCACCGAAAGUGGAAAUGCCAGCAGUGUACUCUACUCAAUCAGGAAUCACUCAAAAAGUGCAGUGCAUGCGAUUUUCCAAAGAAUUUCGAGAUGCCGGCACUCGGAGGGGACCAAGGUUCCGUCAAUCCUCACUCUCUCAGUCCAAACGAAGAACACGGGCAGUUUGACGCAGAAAAUGACAGGGGUCCAGUUCAAUUAGACCCAGAGAUUGUUCUGGGCGAUGUCGCCACUCCCCUGCCAGUCAUCGCAGCCCAGUCGCCCCAGGACCCUCGCCACCACGCCCUCCUCAGCAGUCAGGGAACCCCCACCUGGCGCUGUAAGGUGUGCGGAGCCUUCAACGUCAUCAACAGUGGCCUACGACAGUGUUUCAUAUGCGGUAUAGGAGUCAUCCCCGAGUUCUAUCUACCGCUUGCACCACCAGUGAGAGAGAGCUAUCGUCCAUAUUCAAGUCCACAGCCUCGACUGAAGGGUAAUUACGUAUCUCCCAACCACUUCCCUCAAUCUCAGGCUCAAUAUCAACCUAUGCCACCGCGUGCAUCCCAGCCUCAGUUUCAAGAUUCCGUCGAUCAAGACUAUGUGAAUGUUUCACAGAUGGCUUUGUGGGGUCAGGCCCCCCGGCAAGGACCCAACCCCUCUCAUAAUGGGUCGUCGCCGAGUCACCCGCUCACACGUGUCAAUCACUUACACGCCUCGUCCUCGCUCUCUCCACUGCACAUUACCUCAUCAAACGGUGGGGUUUCCCCCCAAUCAGAACCCUCGUAUGUAAAUGCAAACUCCUACGGCGCGUACCCCCGUCGCUCGCUUCGACACAGCAUGGACGCUAAUUACAGGGACAUCCCCAUCUUGGAAUCGGAAAACCUUUCACAUCUUCAACUACAGUACACCCCAUUCAGAGUAGGGGAUUUUUCACACGACAUGGAAGAGAGUUUUGUCGACCCGUAUGUCCGUCCCAGGACACCAAUGGAUUACCACAAACCCCCCUCACCUCCAGAGCUGUUGGAACCCCAGGGAGCCAAUCAGCAAGAUGCAGCAGCAAAGUCCCACGGAGAGAAGGAGACAGAGGAGUCUCGGGCGUUGCUAGAGGCGAGCGUUGCCGGUGGCCACUGGAACAGGACAAAGUGUGUGGAGGAGAGACGGGAGGAGGACGUGCUGUGUGCCAACGUCGUCUACCAGGAGAUUUUGAGAUAUUCCAGAACAAGUGGAGAACCUUUUACUGAUCCCGAUUUCCCACCGGCCGACAAGUCGCUAUAUUCAGACCCCAGCCAGCCGGUGGCCAGAUGGCAGGUGGGCAAGUGGGAGCGGCCGUCCGAGACAAGAGACGACUUUGACAGUCAGAGGAUUGAGUGGACGGUGCUGAGGGAGGCACGGCCCGAGGACAUCGCACAGGGAGUCCUCGGGAACUGCUGGGUCCUGAGUGCACUGGGUGUGAUAGCUGAGCAGCCCCAACUCAUCGAAGACAUACUCAUUACUAAACAGUAUUGUCCGGAGUUGGGGGCCUACCAGGUGAGACUGUGCAGAGAUGGCAGGUGGGAGGUGGUGGUUGUGGACGACUGCUUCCCUUGUCUCAACACAGGAGAACUCGUCUUCUCUAAGGCACACCGGAAGCAGUUGUGGGUCCCGCUCAUUGAGAAAGCACUGGCAAAGUUGUACGGUAGUUACGAGGCCCUCAAUGCUGGCAGAGUUCUUCUGGGACUGUCCGUACUGACUGGACUGCCUUGUGAGAAGAUACAUGUCAAGAGACCUUCAGCAAAGGGGAUGAAGUUGACACCGACCUGAUCUGGGCAAGGCUUCUUAGCUUCAGAGAGAGAGGGUUCCCAAUGAGUGCCGCAUGUGGAGGGGAGGGGGGAGAGGGAGAGGAGAGUACGUAUGCAUUGCUUGGCCUCGAGUCAAACCACGCCUACUCCAUCCUGGAUGUCAGACAGAUCGGCUCCGACCAGUUGAUCAGACUGCGUAAUCCGUGGGGCAAGUACUCGUGGAAGGGGAGCUGGUCUGACACGGACUCUCGCUGGGAGUCCCGGCCAUGGAUGAGAGACGAGCUGAGGGCAGUGGGCGGAGAUGCCGGCGUCUUCUGGAUGGCUGCCUCUGACUUCUUCCAGUAUUUCUGUGAGGUGGACGUCUGCAAGUAUAGGCCCAACUGGCACUCCCUUCGUUCCGAGGGGAUGCUCCUGCCAUUUGCUGCCCCCCAGGUCGAGACGCUGGCCUUCCAGGUGGACACUACAACUGAAGUGGACAUCAGUAUCUACCAGCCAAGCAGCAGAGGGAGAGGUAGAGGACACAACCUGGUGGACAUGGCUCUCCUGGUCCUCCGCUACUCCAACACAGCCGACCCAUCCUCCCCCUCCCUCCUCCCCAUCGCCUGCUCCCUGGAGAGUGGCUCCCACAUUCAGUCCAUAGUCACCACCAACGGAUUCCUGGGCCCCGGUCGCUAUAUCAUUCUACCUCUAGCCUUCAACCACUACCAACACACCUCGGGGAAGAUGAAGGCUUCUAGCAAUGAGGGAGAGAGGGGGAGGGAGGACGGGGCUAGGAGAGAGGAAGGCGCUGUUCCGUACGUGCUGGCAGUGUUCAGUGCCAGGGAACUGGUGUAUGAGAAUGUGACCACGGGACCUGGGUUCCUCCCAGAAUCACUCAUGAUGCUAGCUCAGAAGACUGGCAGAAUUACAGAGUCGUUCCCCAACAUGCUGCUCUAUGAGGUGUACAUGAAGCACUCGUGUCGCUACCUGGUGGCCGUCAACCUGGACCAACACCUCCAUUUCACGGUGGCCUGCGACGGGAGAGAGAGUGCCAAUGUCACAUGCUCCAGAGGAGAACUCUAUACGGAAGACUGCAUCCCUCCCGGACACAGGCAGAUACUGUGGGUGCUGACUCAGCUGGAGGGGACGGCCCGCUACAGUGUCCUCAUGAAGAUCAGCUCCACGUGCUCUCAGCAGAACUCCAGUCGUCAGUGGGGUGCCCAGCACUACCCCCCACUCACCCCCACCACUUCUGAACUACACAGUCCAAGAUUCAUCACCAGAUAGUCUCAGUCAUAAUAAUAUACAGUCAAUUCACUAAUCAGCAAUCAAUCAUCGUUAAUUCUCAUCAUCUUUACAGUAACAGUGUGUUUUCACGCUCCUAUAUAACACAAUAAUAAUCAUGUCUCCAUGAUGAUAAUUUUAACCCAAACAGUGUCUAUAAUUUCAUUCAUGGUUGUGAUGUACUCACUGUUCAAUGAAAAUAAUUAUUAACCGGUGUACUAAUGUUUCCCCACAAACAUGCUGUGCCCACGAACUCCCAUUAUAAAGUAUCAUAGGAUGGGUUAUGAAGCGCUUAAAUAGCUGUUUGGAAUUGAGUCGACAAAAGCCUGUACGUCGUUUUUGAACCAGGUGAGAAGGUCUGGAUUUGUUGCCACAGUCUCAGGCGACAAUCUGCACUUUAGUAGGACCACUGCAUACAGGUCAUAGAGCACUGCAUGUGACAGCACCCUUCUCACCCUCUCCUCCUCCAGCCCAGCAAAACGCGAAACAUUCGCAACGCGAAAUUCGAGAAGUUCAAGAGGAUCCAUUUUCUCCGUGUCUAGGAUGCUCCAGAGCUCAUUGAAAGGUGGAUUCAGAGAGGUGUGGCUGUCUUCGACCCACGGAAACCUUCCUCCAAAGUUAACCACAGCCCAGAGUAUUCUAUCACGAGCAGUGCUAGGUUCCCAGUGGGAAAACUUUGCUGCCAGAGCUUCAACUCUUCUCUGGACUCCACUGUCUAGCUUCUCCCACACAGACUCAUAAGUGAGACCCAUCUUUGACAAUAGAAGAGCACCGGUUUCUCUGUUUGACUCGGCAAACUGCUGAGCAGCUGGGCCGUUCUGAAGGAAGGAGAAGGCCCAGGGGUUCAACUGGAGUUGGGCAGCGGUAGCUAGCAGAGGUGAGCUGUGGGGCAAGCUGCAGAGAAUACUGCGAGAGAACUGGACAGGGAGCUCUCUGACUUUCGCUCCGUUUCUCAAGGCCUUCUCCACACACUGUCUGCCUAGUUCCCCAG